AUCUCUAUCUCCUCUGUUCUUUUGAUCUCCAUGGUUGUUGCUGUUACCAUAGGCGUUAGCGUCAACAAGUCCGAUAACGGAGGUGAAGGAGAAAUCACAACUUCUGUUAAAGCCAUCAAAGAUGUUUGUGCACCGACGGAUUACAAGGAGACUUGUGAGGAUACUCUAAGGAAAGAUGCGAAGGACACAUCAGACCCGUUGGAGCUAGUGAAGACAGCUUUUAACGCGACGAUGAAACAGAUAAGUGACGUGGCAAAGAAGUCACAGACAAUGAUUGAGCUACAAAAGGAUCCAAGGACGAAGAUGGCGUUGGAUCAAUGCAAGGAGCUAAUGGAUUACGCAAUCGGUGAGCUUAGUAAGUCGUUUGAGGAGUUGGGGAGGUUCGAGUUUCAUAAGGUUGAUGAAGCGUUGAUUAAGCUGAGGCUUUGGCUUAGUGCGACGAUAAGCCAUGAGCAAACUUGUCUUGAUGGGUUUCAAGGGACACAAGGGAAUGCAGGUGAGACGAUUAAGAAGGCAUUGAAAACUGCGGUGCAGUUAACGCAUAACGGGCUUGCAAUGGUCAGCGAGAUGUCGAAUUACUUGGGACAAAUGCAGAUUCCGGAGAUGAAUAGUCGACGGUUGUUGUCUCAAGAGUUUCCUUCGUGGAUGGAUGGGCGAGCGCGUAGGCUUUUAAACGCUCCUAUGUCCGAGGUCAAACCGGAUAUCGUGGUGGCGCAGGACGGAAGUGGUCAGUACAAGACGAUCAGCGAGGCAUUGAAUUAUGUCCCGAAGAAGAAGAACACGACUUUCGUUGUUCACAUUAAGACCGGGAUAUAUAAAGAGUACGUUCAGGUGAAUAGGAGCAUGACACAUCUGGUUUUUAUCGGCGAUGGCCCUGAGAAAACUGUCAUUUCCGGCAGCAAAAGUUACAAGGAUGGUAUAACCACCUACAAAACCGCGACUGUUGCAAUCGUUGGAGAUCAUUUCAUUGCCAAGAACAUUGGGUUCGAGAACACAGCCGGGGCAAUAAAGCAUCAAGCAGUUGCGAUUAGGGUUCUAUCAGAUGAGUCAAUAUUCUACAAUUGUAAAUUUGAUGGUUACCAAGAUACUCUAUAUGCACAUUCCCACCGUCAGUUUUACCGCGACUGUACUAUCUCGGGCACCAUCGAUUUUCUCUUUGGAGACGCAGCCGCGGUAUUCCAGAAUUGUACUUUAUCGGUGAGAAAGCCACUUCUGAACCAAGCAUGCCCCAUUACAGCCCAUGGACGUAAAGAUCCACGAGAAUCCACGGGAUUUGUUCUCCAAGGAUGUACGAUUGUUGGUGAACCGGAUUACUUGGCAGUCAAGGAAAAUAGCAAAGCUUAUCUUGGAAGGCCAUGGAAAGAGUAUUCAAGAACUAUCAUCAUGAACACGUUCAUCCCAGAUUUUAUUCCGCCGGAAGGAUGGCAACCGUGGCUUGGCGAUUUCGGUCUUAAGACACUUUUCUACUCGGAGGUACAGAACACUGGGCCAGGUGCAACUAUCACAAAACGGGUUACUUGGCCUGGAAUCAAGAAGUUGAGUGAAGAAGAAAUACUUACAUUCACUCCAGCUCAAUACAUCCAAGGUGACGCUUGGAUUCCUGGUAAAGGUGUUCCGUAUAUCCCAGGUCUUUUCACUGGAAAUGGCUCAACAACCAAUCCGACCGUAUUGGGCUCCACAAAUUCUACCAUAACUGGCUCCGGUUCGUCUUCUAACACAACAGGGUCAUCAGAUUCACCUUCGACGGUAGUGUCUCCUUCAACUUCUCCACCAGCUGGCCAUCUUGGUUCCCCACCAGAUACACCUUCAACGGUAGUGUCUCCUUCAACAUCUCCACCAGCUGGCCAUCUUGGUUCCCCACCAGAUACACCUUCAACGGUAGUGUCUCCUUCAACUUCACCACCAGCUGGUCAUCUUGGUUCUCCACCAACUACACCUUCAUCGGUAGUGUCUCCUUCAACAUCUCCUUCAGCUUCUCCUUCAGCUUCACCAUCAGCUUCACCAUCAGCUUCUCCUUCAGCUUCUCCUUCAGUUUCACCAUCAGCUUCUCCAGAAAGCUCGAUCGGUUAAGACGGAUUCGAAGACUGCGGCUAACUAGAGGUCAUGUGAUUUCUACUCUCAAAGCCACAAAAUUUUAGAAAGUAAACGAUAUUUUGACGAACCUCUGUUUUGGUUUUAAUAUUUAGGCAAACUUUAAGGCCUUCAGGUUCAGUAAUCAGUAUUAUUGGUCUGCCAAAUUAAUGUGAAUAUAUCAUGUUCAGUAGU